CCAAUCAUUGGUCACAAAAUACGGAAGCGCUUUUAUUUUGCUUUAUUAUUGAAGCUAGUGAAUCAUGGAGAUAGUAAGCCCCUAAAUCUCAUCUUUAUUAACCAAUAAAUAUAUAAAAGCAGGGGAAAUAGGUGAUUUAGUACACAGACCGUUUAAGACUGCAACAGAAUGAUUGACGACUUCGAGAAACAAGAAGUCCGAAGCAGCGUGGAUCUUUGGUCCCAAAUUUGUGGUCCCAGCCGGCCGGAGAUGCAGGCCGAGCCCUGUCGGGAAAACGGCACCGAUUUCCAGGACUCUUUCCAGCCAGUGGAAGGGCAGUGCAAUGGCCAGUCGAACGGGACGAAUACCGGUGGUUAUUCCAGUGCUCAGUGGGAACCAAUGGAGGAUUCCGAGACCUACAUUGCCAGUUUAGAGAAUCGCCUGAAGAGGCUCAAGGGUCAGUCCAGUGACGUCACCUCCAGGGACAUACUGCGCUCCUUGUCUCAAGCCAAGAAGGAGUGCUGGGAUAGAUUCCUGCAUGACACUCAGGCCUCCGAGCUCUUCCAAAGCAGCGACAUGGAUGAGAGUGCCGUUGAACACUUUAAGAGGUGGCUGGUUCCGGAGAAGGUGGCAAUUAGCGCCGAGGAGCUGGAAUAUCUGCUGAGGCCGUCUCAGACUAAAGACCCCACCCAAGCGGAGCAGCAGGCGGGACACGAGGAUGCUGAGGAAGAGACUGCUCAGAACCCUGAGAAAUGAAUCACUCAAAAAAAAAAAACAAACAGUUAAAUACGUCAUCUGUUGACUCAUUCUUUUUUGUCGAUGCUGUUUGCAUUGUUACAUAUGCUAAUGAAGGACCACUUGCAGUAUAAAAAUGUCAAUAGAUUCUCAGUUCUGUGUAAAAAUGAGUUUUAUCAUUUGAGGGUAUAUCAACAUACUGUUCAUGUUAACCCAUGUUUUCAAUAAAGAUGUGUUUGAUCAA